UAGUCUCUGCCUCCCUCCAUGUGUCUGUGCCGUACGACUGGCUCCCUCUACUUCCGGGUCCCGUCAUUUUCAUUCUCCCGCCGAUCAGCUCAACAAACUGAGUCUCUUGUAUAAGGCAGCAGCAGCCAACCUGCCAGCAGUCAGUCAUCUGCCAGAGACAGGCUGAAAUUCCCCACCUCAUCCUCCCAACUCAGCUCCACAUUCUCUGCACGCGGAAGCACUUUUGCUCUUUUGCUCUCAUUGCCUUUUGUAACCAGUUUUUUUUUAUAUAUUUAUUUGUGCUUUUUUUUUUUUUUUUUUUUACUAAAUUGGUUUCUCUUCAUCAUUUGGAUCUAGAAUUUUUUUUUUCCGCGUGUCACUGGGGGAAAAAAUAAAAAUAAAAGAGACAGAGAUCUGUAGGGAGCUGUCAAGAGGAGUUUACAGGAGAUAGGAGCAGCAGGGGAGACGCGUAAGGAAAGAGAGAGAGAGAGAGGGGUUGGAAGAUUUGCUGCUCAAUCGUAUCUUCAUCAAUAUCACCAUCAUCUUCCUCCUCCUCUCCUGCCACCAUCCCUCAUUCAACGCGCUGACAUGCUCUGCCUCUGAUUGACAUCUGAAGUGGCGGAGAGCCAUGACAGUCCUCACUCUGGGUACGUGUGGCUCUCUCCUCCAGGGCCGCCACUGACCCCCCAACUUGGAAUUUUUGGACACUUUAUUUCCUACUGAUCAUUUGAUUAAAAAAAAAAAACAAAAACAAAAAAAAAGGAAGAAAAAACUAAACACAAACAAGGACAACCAGGAGCCUUUACCCCACCCCCGCGCAUUGGCUUCUGAAUUAACAUGAUUAUUUGAUAGCAUUUUUUUUUAUCUUCUCGGAGCCGGCUAAAGAAUCUUUGUUGGAUUGCAGCAGGAACAAGAAAUAUUUUGGUUCUUACACCCCCUAGCCCCCCAUUGCUGGGACUGGCGAGGCUUUAUUCUGGGAGCAGGGGCCGAGGAGAUACCCUAGGGCUGCCGGACAGCUGUUUAUUGAUGGCGCAAAGGUACGAUGAGUUACCGCACUAUGGCAUGGACGGAGUGGGGGUGCCAACGUCAAUGUACGGCGACCCCCAUGCCCCUCGCCCUAUCCCACCGGUACACCAUUUAAACCACGGACCCCCCCUCCAUGCCAGCCAGCACUAUGGAACACAUGCCCCCCACCCAAAUGUUAUGCCCACAAGCAUGGGAUCUGCUGUGAAUGAUGCCCUAAAGCGGGACAAAGAUGCCAUUUACGGACACCCUCUUUUCCCCCUGCUAGCUCUGGUUUUUGAGAAAUGUGAACUGGCGACGUGUACCCCGCGGGAGCCGGGAGUCGCGGGAGGGGAUGUGUGUUCGUCGGACUCCUUUAAUGAAGAUAUCGCUGUGUUCGCCAAACAGGUCCGAGCGGAGAAACCACUAUUUUCUUCAAACCCGGAGUUGGAUAAUUUGAUGAUUCAGGCGAUCCAGGUCUUGCGGUUUCACCUCUUGGAAUUAGAAAAGGUCCAUGAACUGUGUGAUAAUUUCUGCCAUCGAUACAUCAGCUGUUUGAAAGGAAAAAUGCCCAUAGAUCUAGUGAUUGAUGAAAGGGACGGAAGCUCCAAAUCUGACCACGAAGAACUCUCGGGGUCCUCCACAAACCUUGCUGACCAUAAUCCUGCCUCGUGGCGAGAUCAUGAUGAUGCGGUUUCCACGCAUUCUGCAGGUACCCCAGGUCCCUCAAGUGGUGGUCAUGCUUCCCAAAGUGGAGACAACAGCAGUGAACAAGGUGAUGUGUUGGAUAACAGUGUUGCUUCUCCUGGCACAGGGGAUGAUGAUGACCCAGACAAGGACAAAAAGCGGCAAAAGAAACGGGGCAUUUUCCCAAAAGUAGCUACAAACAUUAUGAGGGCGUGGCUUUUCCAGCAUCUCACGCAUCCAUACCCCUCAGAAGAACAGAAGAAGCAGUUAGCACAGGACACAGGGCUGACUAUUUUGCAAGUUAACAACUGGUUUAUCAAUGCCAGAAGGCGAAUAGUACAACCUAUGAUCGACCAGUCAAAUCGAGCAGGUUUUCUUCUUGAUCCUUCAGUGAGCCAAGGAGCAGCAUAUAGUCCAGAGGGCCAGCCAAUGGGAAGCUUUGUUUUGGACGGGCAGCAACACAUGGGAAUCAGGCCAGCAGGCCCUAUGAGUGGAAUGGGCAUGAACAUGGGCAUGGACGGGCAGUGGCACUAUAUGUAACACUUGUUUUGCUGCGCAAUCACGGGGAAAUCUACGGGGCGUGCCAGGGGACUGUCUUUCUCAGGGUGGUCCUAUGGGUAUCUGAUUGGUACACACACAUCUCCCCAGUUGCCGUCAACCCCCUCCUCAAGACAUGGACCACCAGUGCCCUCCAUAUGCCAAGUCACCCUGUCACUAGCCAUUUGUACCCAGAGAGGAUUUGCUCCAGCAGGAUGGCCAUGUCAGCACAAGCACCAAUCCUAUUGGCCCAAGCCCUUGGCAUCAUAUCCAGGACAAGGAUUCCGCCCUGUUAAAAGGAACCUCGAGGGGGGGAAAAAAAAUGUUAUUUAUGACUUCGGAACCUUGACCAGUUUUACAAGAAAAUUAAAUUCCAGACAGCUGUGAUUUUUUUUUUUUUAAAACAAAAAACAAAAAGUCAUUUUUUCAUCCUCAACAAAGGACCAAGAACACAAAAUGUGAAGUUGUGGGUUCCCCUUUAAAGCCCAUUUGAAACCAGACCACCAACCCCCCCCAACAAGCCCCUCCCCCCCUGUGGAAAUCAGAAAGACUCAGAGAUAUAAUAACUACUGUAGGAUAAAUCAUAGGAACUAAGUUAACUUGUACAUUUCUGUUGAUUGAAAUAGUUUUAGAAGAAACAAACGAAAAAAAAAAAAGAUAUCUUUGUUUUUUCCACACUAUGUGUGUUGUUUCCAAAAGAAUGACUGUCUUGGCUCAGCCGAACCCCCCCUCCUUUCCCCAGUGGAACUGACUAUUUCCACUAGUGACCAGUGCAACCAGGGAGAGUCCAGCUUGAAACAUGGGGUCCUUGAGUGUAACCCCCAGUCUCCAGCACUACAGGACAUGCCACUGGGACUCUACCAGAGACACUGCCUCUCCUGCAAUCUGGUCUUUGCACCAAAUGACUUUAUUGUAAACUCAAAGAUUGGAGAACGGAAGCGACUGACACGUGUGAGUGCGACAGAGUGCGACAGAGUGCGACAGAGAAUACUGUAACAAAGAUUCGUUCAGAGUUCGUUCUAUUAAUGUUUCAUGUUAGAUAUUUCUAUGUGUUACCUCAAUUGAAAAACAAAAAAAAAAACAAAAAAACCGAGAAUGUUCUCCUAGUACAACCUGCUGUGGGAUUGGUAUUGUAUGUCCAUGGAUAAUUUCUUUCUCAGCACGUGUUCCUCAUUAGAGAAAAAAAAAUGCUGUUCCCUUAAGCUUUGUCACAUUUACAUUCAAUACUUGUAUGAGGACUGUGAGUUUAUGUUUAAAGAAAAAAAAAGAAAAAAAAAAAGUGUUAAAAAUUCGGUAAUAAAUAUUUCAUUUUGGA